AUGUAUAAUAGUACAUGGGUAGCUUCUGGCCCAGGCAAGGGCAAAUUCGGUUUAGGCGCAUCUAUCAAAGGAUACCGCUGCAUCGUCAACCCACUAAUGUGGGCAACCGAAGUAAGGAAAGCCCGAUUCAACCUCAUCAAUGAUGAUGACAUGGCUGCAAAAAGCUACACUAUGACGGAUAGUCCUCAGUAUCGUCUAGAUGGGAUCAAGAUUCCGUUCGGCAAUUGUGCUGAGGUAUAUCCGCUCCUCAAGGUCCUUAAGGGCAACACCAACUCCGCCGCAGUCCACGGGAUUGCGUUACGGAACCGUGGGGUCAUUCCAGCAUACGAGGACAAUCUGUCAGGAGCAGUGUGGAAAAAUGUGAGAGCUUUGUGCACGAAUUGUGAAGAGUUAGUGCAUAUGUGGGGCGGCUUGGUUGCCAACUUUGAUCCGUUAGCUGAUACUGAUGGGGUACCGCCAUAA